AUGCAGCAACCGGUCCAGUCAGACCAACACCAGCGCCAGCGAAAUAAGCUGCACAAGCCCGCCGACCCCCGUGGUCACGGUUACACCGAUUCGGGCGUUGGGAUGACCCGCUCGGUGCCCAUAGAACCGUCCACGCACGAGGAGCCAAACUGGAACGGCCCAGACGAAGCAGUCGGCGGCGGCACCUACGUCCGGGACUAUGCCCAACCCACAGGCCCUCCGGAGCCAACCGGGACUGAUCUCAACACUGGAACGACUCCCGCUCAACAUACUGAAAGCGACACGCUCCCUCGUGAGGAGGCGGGCGGACUCUCGGCUGCUGCUAUGAUGGGAGGCGUGAGCAUGGCCGGCCCCGACCCCGUUGGAGGGUCCGAUACGACAAGCCGGACUCAUAAAACAUCCGGCGAUGGUGCCCCGUACUGGGGAAACCUUCCAAGUGGUGCCAACGGAGCCGUUCACAACACCGUAUCUGGUCACGGAAGUGCUACGGACGAUCACGAACAGCAUCAUCACUUGCCUCCGACGUCGACGUCAUCAGACAGGUCCGUCAUCGCCGGACAUGUCGCCAACUAUCCUCGGGGCGGUGUUUACAACACCGUAACUGGCCACGGGAGCCAGGACCAAGAGGCUACACACCAUAACCAGCCUCGUGGUGUCGACAACAAGAACAACAUGGCUGGUGUUGUCGGUCCUACCGAUGACACCAUGCUUGCUGCUCCUCUGCCGGAUAUCCCCGAGGAAAGACAAAAGGCCAUCCGCCAGCCCAUCUUACUGCCGGAAACAGCUGUUCGCGGCGCCGUUUUGCCAGCAGAAGCUGCCUCCCGAGACGCUGAGCAGUCCCGUACCUCAGGAAACGCCGAGUCUGCGGCUCCGCGAGCCUUCCCGCUCGUAGGAGCCACAACCGAUGGCAGCAACGACCAACGCAAGUCGACAUCGCCAUCAAGGUACGGUGCCGCCGCCGGUGCUGCCGGCCUUGGCGCCGGCCCAGCUGCAGCUGCAGCUGGGUAUCUUGGGCAGCAGCGGGGGAGAAGCAACCCGCCGGAUCAGGAUCCGAGGCAGUGCACCGCCCCCAACCUCGACAACACACACCAAGCCGCCGGAGCGCCCGUGACAGGAAAAGGACAGCCGUCCCAACAAAGAUCUCCGGCCGAGAAACCCACGAGUCACGAUGACGAAUCACCAAAAGGCGAGAAGAAGCACAGAAUCCUCGGCAUUUUCCACCGUAACAAGGAUGAAGGAAAGGAGGAUGCCCACAGAAAGUCUCCCGGCGACCGCACUGAGGUUGCCAAAGAGGAUACGACCACAGUCAACUCCCCGAACCGCUUGCGCAAACUCAGCAAGGGCGAAUCGGCCAUGGGUCGCAGACGGUCGCCAUCCUCCGCUAAAGCCGAUCCCGAAGAGCAGUCCAGUCAUGGUAAAGAGAUGGCCGCGGCCGGCGCAGCGGCGGGAGCGGGCGCUUUCGGUUUCCUCCAUCACCGAAAAAAGAAGAGCACUAGCGAGAAUCCCAAGGAUACCACGAACCCAACCCUGGUUUCAAAGUCUGUUGAUAGCGGCGGAACCGGGCCUGCUGGAGAAACACUGCAUCAGGUUGGGGAGGUCUCGACCCCUUUUGAGCAUCCGAGAGAGCCUCCAAUGCCGCCUCCGGAAAAUGAGCAGCAACCCGGCAAUUACAAUGUGCUGGCAACAGGCACCCCGUCCGGCAUAAGCCAUGGAGCACAACCCGCCACCAAGGGCGCCAUGACGAACGAGCCCAGAAAUUAUCACACCCUCGCAUCUGGGACAGCGUCGGGUAUCAACUCUGCUCACCCCGAAACCACUCGUCAAAACGUGGUAUCAAGCGAACCCGGUGGCUACAACGUCCUCGGUUCUUCUGGUAAGCCUCCAGUGGAAGGAGGAGCCCAGGACCGCAGCGGCGGCAGAGUUACGCAAGAGCCAGGCCACUACAACACCCUGGCAUCCGGUGUCCCCUCCGGCAUCAACCGAGACUCUUCCGUCCCUGGAACCCAGACCGGAGACGGCAACACCACGACGGGUGGUUCCAGAGAUAAGGGAGAAUCCACAGAGUAUAACGUGCUGCCCUCGGGGACAAUCUCCGGCGUGAAGGUCAAGCCCAAGUCGCCUCGGCACAGCACCCACACCACCGACACGGCCAUGUCCAGCGACAACCAGCACGAACACGGGCAAUACAACACCCUCGCCUCGGGCACCGCAUCCGGACAACAACAACAACACACCUUCCCCAGCGGCGCGCCCAUCCCCUCCCACCUCCGGCACGAGCGCGCCCACCCCAACGCCAGCCAGGAAUCCGUCCCCGGCAUCACCAGCUACAGCUACGCCCACCCCGACACCACCGUACCGCCGCCGCAGCAGCAGCAGCACAUGAGCCCCGAGGUGAUGCCCGACGCAUACACCGCCUCCACCCACCCCGCGCCUGUGCAGCAGGAGGGGCAGCAGCAGCAUCAGCAACAGCAACAGCAACAGCAUCAAGAGGGACAGCGGGCGGGGGAGGACAGGCGGUAUAACCCUGCGCUGGCGGCGGCAGGGGGGGUGAGGGGGGUGGGGAGUGGUCGUGAUGGGGGUGUGGGGGGGAGGAUGGCGAGGUGUCGGCAUUGUGGGGGGGAGAAUGAUAUUAGUGAGGAGGUGGAGCGUGUUGUGCGGGAGAUGGGGAUGGGGACUCGGAGUGGUGGGAAGGGGGCUUAG